GACAGCGGGCACCGCGUCAUCUGGCAAGGCAGUGGGCUCCGAGUCAACUGGUAUGACCGCGGGCACUGGAUCAGACAUUGGAUCGUCUGGCUGGACAGCGGGCAUCGGGUCACCAGGCAUCAGGUCAUUUGGCUCAACAGCGGGCACCGCGUCAUCUGGCAAGACAGUGGGCACCAAGUCACCAGGCACGACAGUGGGCUCUGACUCAAUUGGCACGACAGCGGGCACCGGGUCAUCAGGUACCGGAUUGUCUGGCUCGACAGCGGGCAUCGGGUCACCAGGUAUGACAGCGGGCACUGGGUCACCAGGCAUCAGGUCAUUUGGCUUGCCAGCGGGCACCGCGUCAUCUGGCAAGGUAGUGGGCACCGGGUCACCAGGCACGACAGUGGGCUCUGACUCAAUUGGCACGACAGCGGGCACCGGGUCAUCAGGUAUGACAGCGGGCACUGGGUCACGUACCGGAUCAUCUGGAUCAACAGCGGGCAUCGAGUCAACUGGCCUAAUAGGAUCAUCAGGCUGGAUCAGCCGGGUACAGACAUCAGGUUGAAGUGCCGGUGCCGAGGCACCAGG